AUGUCUAACCUUUCUGACAAAUUUCCAGCUGGUUCUUACCUCAAGGAUUGGAUUCCCCACUUGUUUAUGUGUUGUGCUUAUUCUCGAACACUGGAGAUGUAUGAGUUCAACAUGGAAAUCUUGAGGAGUGAAGGCGGCGACAUAGUUGCUCAAUUUCUGGAGGAUCUUCCCAAGGAGAACUGGUGUAUGGCUUACUUUAACGGCGAAAGAUUUGGUGAAAUGACAAAUAACUUGGUUGAGUCUUUCAAUAAUUGGGUGUUGCCUUUGAAGAGUCUUCCUAUUCUUGAUAUUAAUGAUGGCAUUAGAGUGAAGUCCAUGGCUUCAAUUGCUGCUCGGAAGCAGGAUGCUGAGGAAUGGUUCUCUGAGUUGUGCCCGGUGAUUGAAAAGAAGCUGAAGGAGAAUUUGGAAGUCGGAAGGCAUUGGAGAGUGAGCAGGUCUGAUACCUAUGUGUAUGAAGUUCACUGCCAGAAGUACAAUAGCAUGGUAAAUUUGGAAACUCGCUUUUGUUCGUGUGGAGAAUGGCAGCUGUAUGGCUUCCCAUGUUCCCAUGCCCUUGUAGUGAUCCAACAACAUGGUUCUUCCCCGUAUUUGUAUGUCAAUGAGCUGUACAAGGUGGAGAAAUAUCGAGAAACUUAUUCUUUCCCAAUUAAUCCUCUUCCCUCUAUUUCGAAGCAAGUGCAUGAUUUUGGUAGAGAUGCGGUGAUAUUGCAGCCGCCUUUGACUAGAAGACCACCAGGAAGGCCUAGAAAGAAGAGGUUCAGAAAAAGGAGCGAGAAAACCAGGGUGAUCAAGUGUGGUAGGUGUGGAAAAUGUGAUGGUCACAACAGAAAGAGUUGUACAGCUCCAAUAUAG